AUGGUUCGCAAGAAGAUGAAGAGAGUGGCUGAUGCGGUUCCCCCUGACAAUCAAGAUGCGUCUGGGCUGACCGGCACCGUGUGCUCCUGGCUCAAGGAUCUAGACCUCGUCGGCCACGAGCUGUUGCCUACGAUUUCGUCUGACCUGGAUAUAUCCAACCUACCGUGUCGUACUGGCGAGACCUCAGCAGGGAGUAGUGCGGUAGAGAGCAAGUUUGCCCAGGCGCGUGGGCUGCAGGCAUUGCGAGCGGCUGUCGCCGGUGGGUCGGCAUCCGUUGAGGAUCUACGCUUGAUAUUCCUGUACGGCCUCUUGUUGUACAUCGAUCCCGGCACCUCGCAUCUCCGCAAAGCCAUCAAGAGCUUGCUAGGAGCGACGGAGAAGAUCAUCCAGGAGCAGCAGCUUGAGAGCGGCAACAGCAGCAUGACAGAUAGCAUUGCAGGGCUCGUCGCCGCCAGGUUUGCAAAGCGUUCGUGGGACUUGCAAGCGGGUGCGGCGGCGACACAUGACGGAGCAGAUCGAUCAGGAGGGACGGCGACGGCAGCCGCGGCUGUGCGUACGGCGGUAUCACUGCAACGGCUCAUGGAAGUUCCCGCGGGCAAGCGAGCGCUCGUUGCAGCCCAAGAGGGAGUUAUUUUACUUCGGUUUAUCGAAGUGCUUGAUGCCUCGUUGGCGGUGCAAGUGGUGGCGACGAAAGGGUUGCAUGGGCGCUGCGUCUUUGGACAGCACCUGGGGGGGCAUUCAGUAGGAACUGGAGCUUCGAAGACCGACUCCGGUGUUCCUGCUAAUGCUGCGCUAGAGAGGAAGGGCGUGGGUAGCAAGGAUGAUUCCGCCGCGGACCUGUACGCCAAAAUAGACUGCUGUAGUGAGCUUCUGAAGGCAGCAGCCUGCCUCAUGCCGUUGACCAGGGAGUGGCAUGCGAACCAGCUUUCUCGGGGAGGAUCUACCUUGCGCCGCAUGUGCCAGUCGUGCCUGCUGUUGCUGUCCAUACCGUCCAUUCACCGGGAGUGCUCUACCCAUGCGUCGGCUGUGCUGGUUCACUCGGCCGUGGCGAAUUGGAGAUCAAGCAGGGGAUGGCCAUCGGACGACUUUUGCCCUCCAGUGGGCACCGCAGCCCCAGCGGCAGCACCGUCUGUACCAACCACGGCAGAAACUACAGCUACAGCCGUAGAACUACCACCGCCGCCAACGCCGCCACCAUCAGGAGCAAAACCAGCGCCGAAGUCAACGGCAAUAGCAACAGCUACAGAAGCAACACCAACCACAGCAGCCGGCUCUGGUGUGUAUCUAAGUGCUUCCCACCACCAAGGAGGCGCCGCACGCACGCUGAGUUUGACACUCGCAGCAAACACUAUCAACGCGUCGUUUUUCUCGGACGGGACGGAGAAAGCAAUCGCAGGGAGUGGUGACACGGACGGGGUGACCGCUCUGCUGGCUGGGUUCAUGCCCUUGCCGGCCGGCUCAAGGCUUGCGGUCUGCCGUGCGCUGUUUCACAUUUUAGACCCAAGUGUGCUUCUCGCGGUGCUCGGCUCGCAAGUGCCAACGGAGGGGAACGUCAUGUCGGAAGAACCAGGUAGGGGAGCCGGCGCAGGGGGGCUAAUGUUUGGACCCAUCUUGCGUGCGAUACUGGUGCGAAGUGAGGCGGACAGCGGAUUAUCCCUGCGAUUCUUCGCUUUGCAGGUACUGGAGGUCACCAUGUCCGCUCUGGUGCACCCUGCAAAGCUCAUUUCGUCCAUGGCGCCGGUACUAUUAGAGCACGUGUUUGCCAUUCGACAGCUGGUGCCCGGCGGCGAUGGCGGAGUCGGAGAAGGGGAAGGCCGAAGUGAGCCGGAGCGGCUGGUGGGGCAAGUCCUGAACCAGCCAGCUGCAUCCAAGGGCAAAUACGUGGCGCUGUCGGUCCUCCUACCCAGGGUCGGUGCUAUCCGAAUGCUGGAGCUGUGUCCCUCUCUCGUGGAGCAGCUCGUAUGGGCGGUUGGUGUCAGAGGAAACAUUUCCGGGCAGGCGGUGUCUCUCCUUCUCCAAUUUCUCAAGGCCGUGUCCGAGGAGCAAUCGUCGGCCCCUGAAGCUGUCGUAGCACGCGCGGCAACAUCGCCACUGGCAGAAAGGAGUGGCACCGCAACAUUAGUACCGGCAGCAUCACCAGUAGCGAAAUUAGGGGCGGCAGCAUCUCGCCGGAGCUCAAUAGCAGCAUGCAGGAGUUACUGGGUGGGCCCCGCUGCGGCGGCUCUGAUGCAGGAAGACUUGUGGUCGCGCGGUCACGUCGCAGCGUACCUGCUACCGGAGGUGUUCAAGCUUGAUCCCAGGAGCGUUUCAGACCUCUGUUUGGAACUCCGUUCACGGGUCAGCUUUGGCACUGGAGAAGAAGAAACCAGCGGAACGCGUUGUUUUCUCGGAAACCCGCGCGAAGCCGUGAUGGAGCCGGAUGUGCGCCGUUUGUGGGCCUUGAUGGAAGUUGCGAGGUUUGCACGAAAAUGUGGUUCUCUGGCAGGCCUUUCAGUGGUCGCUGUUGAUUCCACCGCAGGUCUGCUGCAGCUGGAAGAAGUAAAAUGGGCUGCGCUGCAUGCAGACGAGACUCUUCGGAUGUCAGCACUAUCGCUGCUGUGCGCGGAUCUGCGGGUCACGACCGUCCCGGCUCAAGCCGAAACGCGUCUUAUUCAAGAGGUGCUGCCUUAUAGCCUGAAGGUCUUCGGGGCUCAGAAUAGGCAACUACUGCUCAGGGCAAUGCAGACCCUCCUGAUACGAAUGAGAGAAACCGCCAGAGUUUGUACCCGAGGCCAAUUGGGCGCACCACGUCUAGCAGGCGAUCACAAACGGCAGAAGAAGAAACACGGGCAUCGUGACAAAGGUGCCGUCCAGAGUUUAAGCGGAGGGAUGGAAGCAAGCGAUGCCUCUGCAGAGGGAGAGGGGACACCAGCAGAGACGCCCUCGGAGACCCUUCAGCGCAUUCGUGACUUCACGCGCUGGCUUUGUCGGGAGGUUCUCCGUAGCUUGUACCCAGGGUGCCCGUUCGAACGGGAAGUGCUGGGGCUCGAGAUGGCCCAGCUCAUCUUGUCAGAACUACUGCCGUCAGAAGAACUGGUUGCAUCGACCGAAUCCGAGACUGCCCUCGCAAAGGUGGCGUCUUCUUCUCUCUUCUGCUGGCACUGGGUGGACACGCUGCUAGCCUUGCUGGGAAGCAGCUGGGACCGCUCCCGCGCCCUCGCCUACUCCAUCCUCGCGCGCUUCCCGCGACCUCUUGCCGGCUACGAGGGUCUCGGCGGCGCCACUCGCCUAGCAGAACAGGGGCUGCGCUUGAGCGGCAGCGGCCGGCAGCGGGAAAGCGACCAGGGUGCCCUCAUCCUUCGUUUGGUGUUCGUGUUGUAUGCUCGAGGGCUACGUCUGCGGGUGCCCCUGCUGGGUACCGAGGUUGCGGGCGGGGGCGCCGUGGGUGGAGAUGUUGCAGAUGUGAACAAGCUCGGUCGAGGAGGUGCUGUCGCGAGCGAUGGGGUCGGCGUUGCAGUGGAGGACGAUGGCGGUGAUGAUACGGCAAUCUUUCUCGAAGGUCUCUGCGGUGUCCUCUCGCACAGGCUCGACGGUAUGCAGGGUUCGUUCGACGCAAUCCUCGCGAACAAGCCCGGUAAAACCUCCGACACCGCCACCGCCGCCCUCGCAGUCCGCGUCACCCCCUCCUUGCCCCACGGGGUCCUCCUGGCGACUCACCACGUGCUGCUCGAAUCCAAGCUACGUGCUUCAGGAGCUGGACGCUCCUCCUCCUCCUCCUCCCCCGUCACUGGCCAAGGCCGUAGUCGGCGGGGGGCGAAGCUGCGACGUGCCGGGGGGACGGCGGCGACCGCGGGGGUGGGAGGGGAGGGCGGUGCGGUGCAGUGGGAACGGCGGCGAAAGGCGGCGACUUUGCUGCUGGAACAGGCGUUUCGUUCGCUGCGGCUGUCUUUGCUGAUUGUUGGGGAGAACGGCUGCGGUGAUGAUGAGGAUGAUGGUAAUGAUGAAGGCCGCGACAUCUGUGAUGACACCACCGACGGCGAAAACCCUGAGGGAGCCGUGAAAACCUCACGCAAGCCCCGCUCCGGGGUGAGCGUCAACGCGAACGGGCACAUGGGAAUGGUGUCCCUCGACACCGGCAAGCAAACCGUGUGUACGGCACCGCUCACGGGAAGCAGCGGAAACAGCGUCCUUGAUUGCGCGGACGGCGCAGCGACGGAGGACGACACCCACGGUAUGUCGAAACACGGCGACUGUGGCAACGACAGCAGCGGUGGCCUGGAAUGGGGUGGUGGGAGUGGGCAGCACAAGACGGAUACGGCGCAGCGCUCGGCAGUGGAAAGCCAGCGCGCGGUCGUCGGGGCGUGGCUGCUGGCGAAAGAGACGUGCCGUUUUUUUUCGACGCUCGUCGCGGCGUCGCCCCUCCCGUUGCAGGAGGAGGAGGAGGCUACGGGAAGUCCUGACUUGAGCGCUGGGGCGUCGGAUGGGGGCAAGGGAGCGGAUGUGAGGGGUUCAGGAUCCCUUCUAGCGGCCAAAGACGUGACUGCUAUUGGAGAAACGCUGCUCAAGACCUUGUUGUCUUUGAAGCACAUGGGGUGCGUGGCGUCUGCUCAGGCUGCAUUGCAAACGGUAUGCGAGGCAAUGCUCCACGGAGGGCGGCGGAACGCUCCCUUGGCGCGUCUUCCAUCCCUCUGGCUGGACCAAUUACUAGGCCAACUGGCCGGAGAAAAGCAAGAGUUCGUGCUCCGCCGCAGCACCGGGUUGGCGUUCACGUUCAUGGCCAUUCUCAGAGCGGAGCCAAGCAUCUGCAUUGGCCCGCGAACAAUCGGGCAGUUCGUGCUCCGCCGCAGCACCGGGUUGGCGUUCACGUUCAUGGCCAUUCUCAGAGCGGAGCCAAGGAGUGUUGAGCCCGUUUUGCUACCCCGCUGCAUGGGCCACCUGCUGGCGAUGGCAAAGGCAAAUGAAGCUCAAUCCAAGGACAAGGAAAGCAAGAGCAAAGACAACACCGGCGACGACACUCAGGUAGCACCGAAAACGCUGGUGGACGAAGGAGCGUCGAAGGGCGAUUGGAAGAGCACGGUGCAUGCUAUGAACGUGCUGAGGGUUGUUUUCGUGGACGCCACCCUGGCCGACGACGUCGGUCCCUACGUCACCGAGGCUACGAUGGCGGCCGUCUGCGGUUUUGAGCACCCUAUGUGGGCCGUCCGUAACUCGUCCAUGAUGCUCUUCGCCUCGAUCAUGCAACGAGCCGUCGGAGGAGCGAAGAACGCCGCCGAACCUGCCGGAAACCCCUUGUCGGACGGGUCGAAGCGCCCGCAUUCCGCCCGAGCUGCUGUUGCCGCUGAGGCGUUUUUCCAGCAACAUCCCAAGCUCCACCCCUUCCUCUUGUCCGAAUUGGAGAGGGCCACCAACUGCACCCCCGAGGCCGGCACUGGGUCUUCGGGCGAGAAGGAAGGGCAAAGGGCAGCAGCAGCAGCGGCGGCAGCACGGGCCGAGAUGCAUCCGGUGCUCUACCCCAUUCUGCUGCUGCUCGCUAGGCUUAAGGCUGGGGGCGAAACAAGCAGCUUGGGGAUUGGGCAGGCAGAGUGCGCGGAAUGUGCGAUACACAUCUACAAGGCGUUUGCUCAAGCGCGUGUUGAGGUUCACUUGUUGCGAACGUUCCUUGCUGGAUGGGAUAUCCACAAGGCACGCGUGUACGGCGCCGCGAGGCGGCGGCCUGCUAACACUCGGGAAACGUUUUGUGUACCGUCGUGCGUGUCGCAGCGCGGGUCUCAGGUAGGCGCUUGUCCCCAGGACGCUGCAACACUGACAGAGUCGUUGGUACCGGCAGUCAUCUGGUGUGCCGGUAACCCCCACUUUCUUGCAAGACUCGCGAGCUCCCGAGCCCUGGCCGCCCUGGUCCCGCCCGCUCGAGCCCACGGUGUGGUGAUGGACCUCAUCCGAAGGUUACCGAAGAGCCCAGCCGAUGCAGAGUCGACCGGCCCCGACGCACACAACCACGUUCAUGGAACUUUGCUCCAGGUGCUGGAGCUGCUGCUCGCCGUGAGAGCUCGAUCGAACAGUGGUCAGCCUGCGGGGGCGACAACGCAGGUGCGCGAGAUUUCAGUGGAUAGUCCUGAUCCCGGAUCGACGUGCUCAGAAUCGGAGGCACAGCUGCCGAAAUUGAGUUCGGCCGUGCUGGAACUCUCCUGGCUCGCUGACCCGAUGCAGUCACGGUGCCCCCCGAUUAGAAGCACCAUGCUUCAGGUUCUGGAGGUGCUCUCUGGGUUCGAGACCGAACGGGGUCGAUGUAUCCCCACGCCUGGAGCAGUCCAGUCUGCCCUUCAUCGCGCCGAGGAGAUGAACUUCUCUCUUGAGACCGGCCCGCAGAUCAGACCGUCUGGGGACCGCCGCGUGGUGCCCGGUCGUUCUGUCCUGGCUUCCGCGGUUGUCGGCGCGGUGAUUCGACGCCGCCUGACCCUGGCUUUCAACGGGUGUAGGGCGGCUGCCGAGCCUAGACCCGGCGCUGACGUUAGGUUAGGCAAGGGCGCUGCGAUAAAUCCAGCAGCAGACACAAGGGAGAUUGCCGGCGAGAGCGCCACGGGCGUGGUGGCGAGCGCGAACCCCGGGGUUGGUGGUGUUAGCGCGCGCGUGACCACUGCGCCGGGUAAAAAGAAAGGCGAGGAGGAACACGAAACGUCUGAGGUGACGCAGGCGCGGUACGUGGCGGAGCUGUUGUCUACACCGGACGUAGAUGUUCGCGACGCAGCGAUCAAGGCAACAAAGAAAGUUUUUGGCGAGGAUUCCCGUCGGAGGAACCUGGUGAUGUCCCCGCAGGGCUCGUACCUGAUCUGGGCUGGUGCUGCAAAAGCACUAAUGGAGGAGAGCCACCCUCGGAACGUCAGGCGACUUGUUCGCCUGCUGGCUCGUGUCGGCCUCCAUCUGCGAGGGUAUUGUUUGCCUCCUGCUGCAGUAGACUCGCUGUGGAAGCAUCUUCGAAGGCUCUUCGACGGUGAAGGUGGGCCGGGGGAGGCCCAAGCCGGUGCCUUGGAGGUGAUGGGGGUAAUAAUCCGCCUUGACAGACGACAGCGCCUGGUGGACGAAAUUCAAGCCGAUGAAGAGGGCGGCUCAAGCUUCAUUGCCGUUCGCGUCGAGGAGUACGCGAGCUUUUUGGAGCGGGCGGUGGGCCCCGCUCAACCGGUUGUAGCGAGGGCCGCCGCGGCCGCGUCGCUGGUGUCUUCGGAGAUCCUUUCGACUCCUGCUCCAACGUCUACCACCUGUACUGCCGCCGCUGCCGCCGCGCGUCCCACGUCCACCGCAUCUUCUGCUGCUGGCAAUGACACGAAAGGAGAAGCUAGAUCGAUCCCACGAUUGGGUGCGGCCGCUGGAAAGACCGCGUCAGGUCAGCACCGAGAACAGUGCCCGGACCUUUCCUCCGGCACGUUUGGGAGGUUGUGGUUCGUAGCGCUGUCGCUCCUGCAGGAUGAUGACGAGCGGGUACGCAGUUUCGCCGCACGCUUUUGCUCCGCCGCGGUCAGUAGCAACAGCAGUCCCGCCCGAGGAGCACCAGACGUGGCAGGUGGCUGUGUGGAUCUGUGCGCGGUGGAUCUCGUCCUGGCCCAUCUGGCGUCUCUUGCCAAGGAAGGCGGGGCGUGCACAGCGGAGGACCUGGUGCUGAACCUUCUUCGGGUAUUCGACGGUAUGUUGGCGAAAUGCAGCAUUCGUGCCGGACCAUCGCUUGGAGGUAUUGGUGACGGUGCUGCUGCUGGCAUGAAGGGAGUUGGUGUGAUCUCGCCGAGCCACGACGAUGAUGUAGAUGACCUCGCUGGUGGGGACGGCGACGCCGACAUCAUUUUCGGGCGAGAGGAGCGAAGCCAGUUUCAAGAGCCGACGCUGUUUGCUGCCGUCGCUGCGCCCUACCUUUGCCGUGCACUCGAGGCUCUCGAUGGUGGUGAGGACAGCAUCCCCGUUUUUCCGGAACCCGUCUCGCAAGGACUCGUGGACGUACUUGGGAAGUUCGCCGGAAUUUUUGAGGGGUUGAGCUGUCUGACGAGCUUAGCUUGGGAACCGGGUGUGUACCAAGGGGUCAUGUGUUCUGCAUUGAUUGGCGCAUCUCUCAUGGAGUAUUUGUCUUCUCGAGGCUGUCGGAUUGAAAGUGGUGGUCGCGAUGAAGCCGCCGGCAUCGAACUAUCUGGCCAGGUGCGACGUGCAAAAGAAGCAUGCGAAUAUUUCGAGUCAGGUAUUGGAGGGAGUAAGGGUUCACACCCCGCGGUUUCGGAGGUAGUUGCUCGAACCUUGCGUACGGUAAAUUCGGAAGUAGCGGUGUCCCUCGAGCCUCAAGUGGCGUAGUAGUCCAGCUACGGGCCUUAGACUACGCCCUAUUUUUUGCUUUGCCCAGCUAGCAGCAUCGGCUAGUUUUCGAUGACCUGUUGGCCAUACCUGUCUUUUGGGCGUGUUCGACCCGUGCGCAUAUGUCACCCCUGGCGUGACAAGGAGGGUGCAAGAGGUGUGCCAAACAUUGCCCUCCGCUUCGGUUAAGAUAUAUCACGUGUUGGGCAUGAUCUGACACUCUGUAGAGUGUGGCUUGCCUUCAUAUCCUUUGUAAAGUUUGUUCAGUGGUCCCGAUCUACAGUAGUCGUGACCCAGGUGUGCAGGGGAAGAGAGGGCGAUUUGUGGUUUGUUUGGCGUGAACCGCCAGUGGCCGGGUGAAUUAGCAGCGAAUGAAUUGGACCGAAGUCGGUGAGCAGGGAGAGGGGUUUCAAUCUACGAUGUUUUGCCGCUGCUGUCGUAAUCUCUCGG